AUGACGGACAACAGGAACCCCGUCAUCGGCCUGCUUGGUGGCGGGCAGCUGGGGCGCAUGUUGUGCGAAGCAGCAAAUCCCGUGGGCAUCGACAUCGCCAUUCUUGACGAGGACAAUUCCCCGGCCAAACAGGCGCACAACACCAACCGACAUGUCACCGGCUCCUUCAAGGACCCCUCUCGGAUCCGGGAGCUUGCUGCCCAGUCGGACGUUUUGUCCGUGGAAAUUGAGCAUGUCGAGACCGAGGUGCUUGAGGACAUCGAGAAGAAUGGUGUUGAGGUGAAGCUGGUCGAUGGGUCUACCAAGACUCACAAGCCCCCCGUCCACCCCUCAUGGCGGACCCUCCGUCUCAUCCAGGACAAGUACCUCCAAAAGGAGCACUUCCGGGCCAGCGGCAAGAACAUUCCCAUUGCUGAGCAGGUCGCCAUCGAACCGGGGCCGGCAGCUCUCGAGUCACUCAAGCAGGCCGCCGCUAGAUUUGGACUCCCACUCAUGCUCAAGGCACGGAAGGGCAGCUACGACGGGAGAGGCAACUUCAAGGUCAGCAGCGAGGCGGACUUUGAAGCCGCCAUCCAGGCCCUGGGUGGACUUAGCUUGUAUGCCGAGAAAUGGGCUCCCUUUGUCAAGGAGCUGGCUGUCAUGGUCAUUCGGACUGAGGACGGCAACGGCAAGCUCAAGAGCUGUGUCGCCUACCCGGCCGUCGAGACCAUCCACGAAGACAGCAUCUGUACCAAAGUAUUCAUGCCGCCCAGGGGAGUCUCAGAUGCAGUCUGCGAGGCCGCCAGAAACCUAGCUACUGAAGUCAUCGGCACACUAUGGGGCCGAGGUGUCUUUGCUGUGGAGAUGUUCCUCCUGCAAGAUGACUCUUUGAUGGUCAACGAGGUUGCGCCUCGUCCUCACAACUCUGGCCACUACACCAUCGAGGCGGUGCCCCAGAUGUCGCAGUACAAGGCGCAACUUCAUGCUGUCCUUGACCUACCGAUACCCAAAAAGCUCAUUCCCCGGGUAUCUUCAUCCAUCAUGCUCAACGUUCUCGGCGGUGCCACUCCCGAUGCCCACCUCGAGCUAGCCGACUUGGCUCGGAGCACGCUCGAUGAGGACAUGGACGUCUACCUGCACCUCUACAACAAAGCCUCUAAGCCUAGCCGCAAGAUCGGCCACAUCACCCUCACUAGUAACUCCUCCAUUCAAGACCUUGAAGUCAAGGCGAAGCCCCUCAUUGACCUUGUCAACAAAAUCCGCCACGACCGCAUCUCCGCCUCCGCCGAAACCCUCCGUCCUAAGCAGGAACCCACCGUCAGCCAACCGAAGUCCGCACCAGCCUCCUCCUCCGACUCACCCCUUGUCCUCAUCACCAUGGGCUCCGACUCGGACUUGCCGGUCCUCAAAGCCGGCCUGGACAUACUCCGGGAGUUUGGCGUGCCGUUCGCGCUCGACAUCACGUCGGCGCACCGCACGCCCAAAUACAUGAUGCGGGUGGCCGACGAGGCUGCGAGCCGAGGUAUCAAGGCCAUCAUCGCCGCGGCGGGCGGUGCGGCACACCUGCCCGGCAUGCUGGCGUCAGAGACGCCACUGCCUGUGAUUGGCGUGCCUGUCAAGGCGACGCAUUUGGACGGGAUGGAUAGCUUGUUGAGUAUUGUGCAGAUGCCGAGGGGUGUGCCAACUGCCACGGUGGGCAUCAACAAUUCCACUAAUGCGGCCCUUCUGGCCAUCCGGAUUCUUGGUUCCUUCUUGCCUGAAUACCAGGAAAAGAUGAAGCGGUACCAAACCGAGAUGGAGGACCAGGUGAUUGUCAAAGGCAACAAGCUCAGGGAGGUGGGUGACGUGGAGUACCUCGCGGCGAAGGCCAAAUGA